AUGAGCGGGGUCCUGUUCAUCGUAUUUGGCAUUGAUCAGGCCCUCGAAGGCGACAGGGCCAUGAUCAGGACGAAGACCGUCAAACAGCGCACGGUGGCAGCUGCAUUCGCUUUCUCGAGCUGCGUGGGAGGAGCCAUGAUGACCAAAUCAGAACUCCCUCCGGCUAUUUCUUUGUUGUUCUUCGGCCAACAGCUGGGAGGAUCGGUGUUUCUCUCUAUUGCUCAGAAUAUCAUGUCCCAGGAACUGAUCAAUAACGUGAAGUCACAGCUGCCAGAUGUCGACGCGUCUAUGAUUGUGAACUCGGGAGCCACGGAUCUGCGUGACGCAGUCUCUUCUGACAAGAUGGAUACACUGCUUCAUGUUUACAACGACACGGUGGUCAAGGUGUUUUACCUUGCCAUUGCGCUUGCCUGUGUUGGGGUUGUUGUGGCGUUGUUUGUGGAGUGGAAGGAUAUGAGAACUACAGAGGAGGUAGAUGAGCGACCGGAGUCGGAAAAAGAAGGUAUCUGA